CAUAGCCGCGAGCGCGAUGCCGUCCUCGCUUCUCAGUCCCAGGACGAGCAUGACCGAGGCCCGGAGCAUCUGAGCGAGCAGCCGCGCCGUAGUAUCCGUGGCAUCCGUCACCGAUUAGCCGCUCGCUAACUUGCCGUGUACGCUGCACGCGCCGACUUCCGCGCCUGAUUAUAGGUUAGGUGCGCCGGCGGACGCGCCAACCGUUUGAAUACGCCUCGCCGCCUCCCGGCAGAGUCGCGCGCGAGCCGCGACCCGGACACCAGCAUGGAUAAUUCGGCCUACGUGCCCAACCAGCUGCCGCCGCCCCUGGUCGUGUUCUCCCAGGCCGGGGGCUUCUCCGAGGCCGCCCUCAGAAUGCAAAGACCCUUCAAUCCGCAAAUCGGCGACACGAAGGAGCUGCAGAAUCCCUUCGGCCAGGCGGCAGCCUCCCUCGACUAUCGGCUGCAUCACAUGCUGCAUCUGCAGCACCAGUUCCUUCAUCCCUUGGAGCAUAGGCUGCCGUUUAGCAGUGCGUUCCGUCCUCUGGCGCCGUCGGCCUUCGCGCCGCCCCAGAAGCGACUGAAGAUCGAGACCGAGGGUGCGGGUGUCUCGACCCCCGGUGGAGUGCCCACGGGCCUCUCGAGCCUCGGCUCCCUCUCGAGCAUGUCGAGCAUGUUCUCCCCGUCGGUGGCCUCGCAGGCGGCCGACCUCGCGCCCCAGAGCCCGGCCAACUCGACGAGCAGGUCACCACCCGGGAGCAGCGGCUCGAAUCAGCCGGCGGCAGCUGGCAGUCAGACUGCCGAGGAGGAGCGCGAGGCCAGCGCUACGCCCUGCUCCGAGAACACCGAGAGGUCCACGCCUGAGGAGGGCCGACCCUAUCGCAUGGGGAAUGUGUUCGGGGGCCGAUGCGGCGCGGAGGCGUUGGGUCUUGGGCUGAUGUCGCUUAACCCGGCCUACAGGUUCGCUCUGCCCCCGGGGCUCGCUGCCAAGACCACCCGCUGCCUUGUAUUCGACCAAGGAAAGAAGAAAUUCUCGGCUGACCCGACCUGCUGCCCAGUCUGCGGUGUGACAGUGAGGCCCCAGGAGCUAGAGCAGCAUUUCCUCCAGGAGCUCGACCGGCUCUUCAAGCUCUCCUCGGCCUCGUCGCGGCCAAGGCCCUCGAGGUCCGGAUUGCCAGCGAGUGCCCCGGAGCACGGCCACGGCCAGUUGCUGCACACGCCCUCGGCGGCCGACGGGACACCAAUAGGCAGAUGGGAGACCUACAAGCGGAUCAAGGCCAACAGACAAGCGCGUAUUCGCAUUAAGAACCGGAAAAGGAAAGCGGACGAGCCGGCGUGUCCGGUUUGCAACGAGCGGCUCUCGGGCAGUCCGGAGGAGCUCAAUCAGCACGUCGAGCGAUGUCUCAACAAGCACAACGGCAACCCCGACAGGCAAAAUCCGCACCUCGACGACGAGGAGGUGGACGUAGAGGGCGACGCCGAGACCUUCGAGGAGUACGAGUGGGCCGGUCAGCGGAGAGUCCGCGCCACAUCGAUGCUCCUCGGUGGAUUUUCCGCCGCAGGCCUGGCGACGUCAUCGAGCAAUCGUAGUGGCCCGAACGGCGCAAGGAACUCGGACGCGGCCCAGGACGAUGAGGACGUGGACCUCGUGGUCGAUGGGGACGAGAGCGCGCAGUUCGGUCCCUCCCAGUAUACGGAAGCGGAUGUAGUAACGCCGCGACUGGAGGGCACAGCUCGAGAGCAAAAGGAGCGCGAGGCACUGCGCGAGGCCGUCAUAUCGCCCAACGGAUCCCAGCAAUCACAACUCGAGGUGAAGACCGAGCCCUCGACGAGUCCUGGCUCGACUUCCCAGCAGCAGCAGCUCGACAAUGAGGAGACGACGGCCUCCUCGUCAUCGCCGCCCUCGAUGCUCGACGCCAAGAACGAGCCCGAGACGCCCCUCGUCGAGGCCCUCCGCGGACGCAUCCGGGAGCUCGAAGCCGAGACACGCGGCCAAGCAUUCAAAUGUCUGAUCUGUAUGGAACAAUACAAAAAGCCGGUGACGUCAGUCUGCUGCUGGCAUGUCCAUUGUGAACAAUGUUGGCUACACACUCUGGGGGCGAAGAAGCUGUGCCCGCAGUGCAACAUGAUCACGUCGCCGUCGGACCUGCGCCGGAUCUACAUGUGAGGACGACCGAGCGGCCUCCGCUGAACCGGAUAUCGCCGUCGACCCGCGCCCGCCGUUCUGUACAUUUGUAAAUUACCUUAUAAAUUAACGAUGCAAAGCUGAUUUACCUCCUACCAUCCACCGUCUCCCCAUACCCGUGUAUUUUAGCUCUAUGGCUAUAAUAAAUUAACUCCUAUAGAGAAGCGUUUAACACCGUCCUGGUGAAUCUAACGAAUCCUCCUCUCACUCACGCCCUCCACCUCAUUCACACGCUCAAUAUCGCCCCUCUCCUCUCUCUC